UAAAUCCAACGGAUUUGUUUUGUUUUAUAGUUUAUAUGUUUGCCGAGUUUGUUGAAAAGUUAAUUUACCAUUAUUGUUGUGAGAUUGGUGUUCGAUAUGGAAGUAAGACCGUUAUUUUUAAUUGAAGAAAGGGAGAAAACUUUUAAGAAUUGGCCAUUUUCCGAUAAAAAGAAAUGCAAUGUUCGCAAUAUGGCCGAGGCUGGAUUUUACUCAGUGGCAACUGGCACUGACGAUCUUGAUGCAGCUAAAUGCUUCCUUUGUGGUAAGGAGCUCGACGGCUGGGAAGCUGAUGAUGAUCCAUGGGCAGAACAUAAAAGUCAUGCAGGCAAAUGUGCUUUUGUGCAACUUGGAAAAAAUGAAAACGAUCUACUGCUUUCAGAAUUUUUAUCAGUUGUCAAGCAAUAUAUGAUUAAUGAAAUAAAAAGGAUGAGUGAAGUAGCCAAAGAACAGGUUGAUGAAAAGGCUAAAGUUGUACAGAAAAAGUGUUUCGGAAGAAGAUAAAAAUACUAAUUUUAUAUCACUUGUGUGUCCUCAUUAAAGUAUGUCUGGUUUCAAUCCAGCAAAUCAAGAAAAAAAGGAUAAAAUACUUUAAAAUUGUGAAAUUAAGCAGAGAUAUUGUAAAAAUAGGUGUAGUUUAUGGUAUGCGAGAAAGAGUUUUGAGUUUUUAUUGAAAAUGUUUGAUUUGUAUAUGUUGAAAAUUCAAUACAUUUUAAUUACA